AUUCCGCGUCACUAUUGGCUGGGCGGGCGGCCCCGGCGCCGCCCCCCGGAGUUCCCGGGACGCGGUUGGGAUGCGAAGAUCGCCCCGCUCCCCGGGGAUGCGCAGCGCGGCUCGGAGCUCCCCCGGCGGCGGGCGCUGAGCUCCGGGAGCACGAUGGACACCGGGAUCGGGGCCGCGCUGGCCUGGAGCCCCGGGGCGGCCUCGCAGCCCCCGCCCGGGCUGGGGGUGAAGUUGGGGUCGCUGGUGCUGCUGCUGCUGCUGCCCCUCGCCUGCGGCCUCGCCCCGCUCUGGUGCUUCCGACAGCCCCCCGACCCCCGCAGCCCCGUGCUCAGCCUGGUGAGCUGCUUCUCCGGCGGUGUUUUCAUGGGCACCUUCCUGCUCGACCUCCUGCCUGACUACCUGAGCAGCAUUGCUGCGGCGCUGGAGGGGCUGCGCAUCACGCUCCAGUUCCCUCUGCCGGAGUUCAUCCUGGCCAUGGGCUUCUUCCUGGUGCUGGUGCUGGAGCAGGUGACGCUGGCGCAGCGGGAGCUGUCGGAUCCUCCGGAGGAGUCGCGGGCGCUGCUGCCCGGCGGCUCCAUCCAGGCCGCGCUGCCCGGGGGCUCGGCGGCGCCCGGUGCUCCCGGGGCGCUGCGAGCCGCGGCGCUGGCGCUGGCGCUGGCGCUGCACGCCGUGCUGGAGGGGCUGGCGCUGGGGCUGCGGGAGGGCGAGGCGGCCGCGCUGCGGGUGCUGCUGGCCCUGCUGCUGCACAAGGGCGCCGUGGCCUUCGGGCUGUCGCUGGAGCUGCUGCGGAGCCGCCUGCGGCCGCCCGCCGUGGCCUCGUGCCUCGUGCUGCUGGCCCUCAUGUCCCCGCUGGGCGUCGGAGUGGGCACGGCGCUGGCGGCGGGCGCGGGGCCGCGGCAGCGCCUGUGCCGGGCCGUGCUGGAGGGGCUGGCGGCCGGCACCUUCCUCUUCGUCACCUUCCUGGAGAUCCUGCCCCAGGAGUUGGGGGUGCCCCAAAAUCGCAUCCCCAAGGUCAUCCUGAUCCUCGCCGGCUUCGCGCUGGUCAGCGCCAUCCUCUUCGUCAAGGGGUGAGAUCCCCCCGCGCUCCUGGAGAACACCACGGAAUUCAUCUUCCCCCUGCGUCCUCCUUUCCACAAGUGCCAAAGUGCCUUUCCCAUCCCCGUGCCUCAGUUUCCCUGGGAUCCCCCCCAGUCUCGCUCCUGGAAUUCACAUCCCGCCCUGCACCCCCUGUUUCCGAAGUGCCAAAGUGCCUCUCUCAGCGCUGUGCCUCAGUUUCCCCAUCUGCACAAGGGAUCGGUGCUGUGACCCCCCCUCAGGAGCCCGGGAGGGGGUGAGUGUCCCCCCAACCCAUAACCACAAGUGCCCUUACGGACUCCCCCGGAUUUGGGGGUGUUGGAUGAAGCAAAUAAAGGACUGAACCCAA